GUCUAGCUAAUAAUUUGUAUUCAAGACACCGUAGGUAAGAUUUGUAUUUUCCCGUGCUUUCUAAAAGCCAAUGCAGUCUUUUCCUGCUGGGUUUAUGUGAGAAUAUGGUUGUUGAGCAAUCCUUCUGGGUUUGUUCCCCCAACUGGAUUUUCUUAUAUUGUUUUCAGUUUCUUUCUCUACGGGAAACUGAUCUAAAGAUUCUUUUCUGCUUUCCUGUUGGAUAUGCAUCUGUCCGCGCUUGAGAUUUGACUGCGGCCAUCAGAAUCUGUUGGUUUGUAUAUUAAAUUAGAUUAGAUAUUGGCAGUGUCCAUCUAUUGGUUUCCUCCUGCAUUAUUAUAUAAGUUCUACCCUGGUGAUUUGCAAUCAGAAUCUGUUGGUUUACAUAUUAAAGUAGAUUAGAUAUUGGCAGUGUCCAUCUAUUGGUUUCCUCCCGCAUUAUUAUAUAUUUUCGACCCUGGUGUUUGCACGCUCUUCUCAGGUUGUCAUGGGGAUAAUCAAUAAUAAGUUGAAAGCGUAUAUGAAUUCCAUGGCGCCAUGUAUGAUCUAAAAAAAUGUUAAUUUGAUUGGGGAUAUUCGAAAAAGAACCGCCAUGGCCUGGCUCUUAUCUGAAUUCCAAUUUCUGAUGAUUUAUGGUCAUGACCAAGUAAAUCCCCAAAGAUUAUCAUAGGACGCAUGCAUUAAUUUAAGAUUUCCACUUUUAAAAGUACUGCCAAAUUGACACUAACUGGUUUGACUUUGUCAGGGUACCCAGAAAAGUAGAGAAGUUUUUAGGUAGGUUCCUGUGCUAAAUCUGCUGAAUAGAAAGAGCGGAUUGAGAGCCUAUCUGAGUCGUUUGAGUAGAUGACUUUCCUUCCUCAUCCUCCUUUUAUGAAUAUGAGCAAGUUCGGAGCCUGUGCUUAGGCAUGGUGGGGUAUAUCAUUAUCACGUACUUGAUGAGUUUGGUGUAAUGAAUUCUACUCUCCAAUCAAUUUAGCAUUAUAAAAAAAGGGGACAUUCUUAGCCUCCCACUCUCUCAGAUUGUGGAUUAGUUAUGUCCUUGUACUCAAAUCUUAUUUAUACUUUAUAACACAGUUAUUUUGACAACUCAAGUUAAAUCCGUGAAAAUUUGACCUUUUAUUUUCUAUUUUUGUGCAAUUCUGGAAAGAGAAUCGUGUUUGAAAAGGCUGCACUAAACUUCACAACGUUUCUUAUUCACGUGUUUUCCUGAGAAGUCUGUUUAUACCACUUUACUUGCAAUAGCUAAUAUUGGGCUGGAUAUCUAUCCUGAUAUGCCAGAGCUCAAGGGAAUUUGUUGGUCUAGCGAGCAACCACUACUAGCACUCUGCAAUUAUUCUUGGUGUUGAAAAUGCCACAGGAAAAGGUAUUGGCUGCCCAAGUGAAUGGGGCCUCUUUGUCAACUGAGCGUAAAGAGCCACGACCUUUUCCACUUUCCUCAAUGACGUUAUUAAUGUCAAUGUCUUAUUUUUCUAUCUUCGAUGCCCUGCUCUCCAGCAAAUGAAGCAUCUCAACAAAUGGGAUUUCCCCCAACGGUUCAGCAGCUUCUGUCCCUAUAUAUCUGAGCCUUCUCCUUCCUCCCUUGUCCUGCUUGCAAAAGAAGAUUCAUCUGGCAGCUUCAUUGCUCUAUAAAGAAGGCUUCAUUCUGAGAAGUUUCAGAGAGCAAAUCCUGUUUUCUAUGGGUGCAACUACAAAGACCUCGCUUCUUUCUCAAACUAGCCUUGCCUCUAUGGAAUCCUUGUCCAUGCCUCUGGUCCAAGAAGUUGUUCUCCUGGCUGAUUUUCAAUGUUCAGAGUGCCAGAGGAGGGUAGCUGACAUAAUUUCAAGGAUGAAUGGAGAAACAGAGUCUGUUGUGGUGAGUGUAUUGGAGAAGAAGGUGAUACUCACUUGUAGAUAUCCCAGCAUUGUUAAAGUACCCACUACUCAGGAAGUUGCUGUUGCUGCUGCACUGUACAGAAAACCCCCCAAUAGAGUUGCAACCUUCACCCGAUUGUUCAGACCUUCCUGUACUUGAUCAUUACUCAGAAAGAGCAAAAAAAAUAACAGAAGAUAACGUACUUGUUACAGAGAACCAAGUGCUUUGUGCCUGCAAAUAUCUCAACUGCCUUUGAUAAGCGAAUGCAUUUAGAUAUGUUAAAUCUUACCAGUACUCUUAUUGUAUAUAUAAUGCAUGUUAUUAUAUUUUGGUUUGGUAUAAAGUAUACUGGUUCCUAGUUUGGCAUGUACACUAACUAAUAUAUGUUCUUGAAACCAUAUGAAAGUCAAUGUAUAUUUUAUUGUUAUAUAUUACAGAACUUUAUGUAUUAUUUAUU